CUUUUCUUUCGGGCUUCGCGACUUCGACUAUUUAUAACCCUCGAGCCCCGAUUGCUUCUCCUCCGUCCGCCGGAGAGGAUGGCCGACUCCAACAUCGGCGAUCAGGCUCCGACGAAAGUCAUCUUCGGCAUUUACAAUAUGGGACGCCUCCUCGGCCGUGGUUCCUCCGCCAAGGUUUACCACGCCCGCCACCUUCCCUCCGGCCAAUCCGUCGCCAUCAAGGUCUUCCCCAAACCCCGCCGCCUCGCCGGGUCUCCUUCCGCUUCCGCCGACCCCUUCAUCCGCGAGAUCUCCGCCCUCCGGCGUCUCCGCCACCGCCACAUCGUCCGCCUGCACGAAGUGCUCGCCUCCCGCUCUAAGGUCUACCUCGUCCUCGACCUUGCCAAAGGCGGCGAGCUCUUCUCUCGCGUCGAGGAGCACGGCAGGCUCCCCGAGGACCUUGUCCGUCGUCUGUUCCGGCAGCUGAUCUCCGGGGUCGCCUACUCGCACUCCCGCGGCGUCUUCCACAGGGACCUCAAGCCGGAGAAUAUCCUUCUCGACGAGGCGGGCGACAUCAAGGUCUCCGAUUUCGGAUUCGCCGCCCUCCGAUCCUCAGAUGGCGAUCACCUCCUCCGCACCCAAUGCGGGACGCCGGCGUACGUAUCGCCGGAGAUCCUGAUGGGGAAGAAAUCAAAUGGCUACGAUGGGGCGAAGGCGGAUAUCUGGUCCUGCGGCGUGAUCCUCUUCGUGCUCGUCGCCGGCUACCUCCCUUUCAAUGAUCCUAAUAUCAUGUCCCUCUACCGCAAGAUCUACUGCGGCCACCACCGCUGCCCUCGGUGGACGCCGCCGGACCUCCGCCGCCUCAUCGCCCGCCUUCUCGACCCCAACCCGGCCACCCGCAUCUCCAUCGAUUGCAUCCUCCGCGACCCCUGGUUCGCCAAGGACCUCGACGCGAAUCAAAUGGCGGCCCUGAUGCGGCCGCUCGCCGACGAACAAAAGCCCCAAUACCGCGACGCCGGCAGCGAACUCAACGCCUUCGAUCUCAUCGCCUUCUCCCCCGGGCUCGACCUUUCGAGCUUCUUCGUGGAAGGGGAAACAUCGGACCGGGAGCGUUUCGCGUCCUCCGACCCUGCGGACCGCGUGCUAGACCAGGUCGAGCGGGUGGGAAAGGGCGAGGGCUUCGUGGUGAGGAUGGAGGAGGACCAGAAGGGGAUGCCGACGGCGGCGGUGGUAGAGAGGCAAAGCGGGGAGUUAAUAGUUAGGGUGGAGGUUCACCGGUUGCCCGGAGGCAUGGCGGUGGUGGAGUUGGAGAAGGGCGGGGGAGUCGCUGGAAUAUUCUGCAACGAGAAGCUGAGGCCGGCGUUGUGCGGCCCGCCCGGCAGCUGCCUCUGACCGCCGUCCCAGAGAUGACCUCCUGACCGGUUGGUGAAGUCAGCCAUGGUGGUUCUUUUUUUGUAAAAAAGUCCUUUAGAAAAUAUAACUAAAUAUACCCCAUACCUUUUAAUAAAUCCAACGUAUAAACCGUAGCAAUUAACAAAUAAAGCCUCAACUUUUAGAUCGUUA